CGACAGCGUUGCAUCGUAAUUAGCGCGUCUGCGCUGCAGGGCGAUUAAUCUGUCAUCGGAGAGAAAGACUGUAGCGUUGAAAUAGAGUGACACAUACAGAUGUGUCCGUGCCGAUCUCCCGACAGUAAAUAACACGACUCCUCGCCGGGAUUUGUUCAUCAGUAACUGGAUUAGGUCGUGCGAUUUAAGGCGCUCAGGUGCAGCGAGAUAACGGUGAGUGAAUAAUGUCAGUUUAUAUAGAGACGAUGAUGGCGUAUUACAUGAUUUACAUCGCUUACAAAUACUGUAUGUUUAUAUCAUCCACAUGAACACAGCUCUUAUUUAUGCAUCUACAGCCUUUAUAUCAUUCUCCGCAUUAAUGCAUCCGCAUCUCUCUUGUCAUUCGUGUAAAUACAUUAGGCCUAACUUACAUCUCUUAUGAUGCACGUUCAGACACACACACACACACACACACACAGAAUAAUGACGAUGGAAUAUGUAACGUUAGGCCUAAUGCUGAGGAGCUGAUGUUGUGAGACAGUGUUUGCGAAUAUAAAUGCAAUUGCGCAAUCUUUGUGUGUGUGUAGCUGAUGCGCGUCUAGAUGCGCCCCCCUCCUCCUCCUCUUCCUCCUCUUCUUCUUCUUCCUCCUCCUCCUCCUCUCUAGUGCACGCGCUGCCGCAUCACCUCCGUCAUGGGGAACCGGGGUAUGGAGGAUCUGAUCCCGCUGGUCAACCGGCUGCAGGACGCGUUCAGCUCGAUCGGUCAGAGCUGUAACCUGGACCUGCCGCAGAUCGCGGUGGUGGGGGGGCAGAGCGCCGGGAAGAGCUCGGUGCUGGAGAACUUCGUGGGCAGGGAUUUUCUGCCGCGUGGAUCCGGGAUCGUCACACGCAGACCCCUUGUUCUGCAGCUCAUCAAUGCAAACGCAGAGUGGGCCGAGUUCCUGCACUGCAAAGGGAAGAAGUUCACAGAUUUCGAUGAAGUGCGUCAGGAGAUCGAGGCUGAGACCGACCGCGUCACCGGAGCCAAUAAGGGCAUUUCUCCCGUUCCCAUCAACCUGAGGGUGUAUUCCCCGAACGUGCUGAAUCUGACCCUCAUUGACCUGCCGGGCAUCACUAAAGUGCCGGUGGGAGAUCAGCCGGCCGACAUCGAGCAUCAGAUCCGAGACAUGAUCAUGCAGUUCAUCUGCCGCGAGAGCUGCCUGAUCCUCGCUGUCACUCCGGCCAACACUGACCUGGCCAACUCUGACGCGCUCAAACUGGCCAAAGACGUGGACCCUCAGGGACAGAGGACCAUUGGUGUGAUCACUAAACUGGAUCUGAUGGAUGAAGGAACAGACGCUCGAGACGUUCUGGAGAACAAGCUCCUGCCUCUGCGUCGCGGGUACAUCGGCGUGGUGAACCGCAGUCAGAAAGACAUCGACGGGAAGAAGGACAUCAAAGCCGCUCUGGCAGCAGAGAGGAAGUUCUUCCUGAGCCAUCCGGCCUACAGACACAUAGCGGACAGCAUGGGCACGCCACACCUGCAGAAGGUCCUCAAUCAGCAACUGACCAACCACAUCCGGGACACGCUCCCGGCGUUCCGCAGUAAACUCCAGUCACAGCUGCUGUCUCUGGACCGAGAGGCCGAGGAGUACCGGCACUACCGGCCCGACGACCCGUCACGCAAGACCAAAGCCCUGCUGCAGAUGGUGCAGCAGUUCUCCGUGGACUUCGAGAAGCGCAUCGAAGGCUCUGGUGAUCAGGUGGACACCGUGGAGCUCUCUGGAGGAGCCAAGAUCAACCGCAUCUUCCACGAGCGCUUCCCGUUCGAGCUGGUCAAGAUGGAGUGUGACGAGAAGGAAAUGCGUCGGGAAAUCAGCUACGCCAUCAAGAACAUCCAUGGCAUCAGGACGGGUCUGUUCACUCCAGACAUGGCCUUCGAGGCGAUCGUGAAGAAGCAGAUCGUGAAGAUCAAGGAGCCGUGUAUUAAGUGCAUUGAUCUGGUGGUUCAGGAGCUGAUCAACACGGUCCGUCAGUGCUCUAAUAAGCUGGAUUCGUUCCCUCGCCUGCGGGAGGAGACGGAGAGGAUCGUCACGUCUCAUAUCCGUGACCGAGAGAGCCAGGCCAAAGAGCAGGUGCUGCUGCUCAUUGACGUUCAGCUCGCAUACAUCAACACCAACCACGAGGACUUCAUCGGCUUCGCCAAUGCUCAGCAGAGGAGUAGCCAGGCGAAUAAGAAGAGUUCUGCUGGGAAUCAGGAGCUCCAGGUGAUCCGUAAGGGCUGGCUGACCAUCAAUAACAUCAGCAUCAUGAAGGGAGGAGCGAAGGAGUACUGGUUCGUGCUGACCGCCGAGAGCCUGUCCUGGUUCAAAGAUGACGAGGAGAAAGAGAAGAAGUACAUGCUGCCCCUGGACAAUCUGAAGGUCAGAGAUGUGGAGAAAAGCUUCAUGUCCAGCAAGCACAUGUUUGCCAUCUUCAACACUGAGCAGCGGAACGUGUUCAAGGACAACCGUUUCCUGGAGCUGGCGUGUGACACUCUGGAGGAGGUGGAGAGCUGGAGAGCAUCGCUGCUGCGGGCUGGCGUUUAUCCCGAGAGGGCCGUGGUGGAGAGUGAGAGUUCAGGUCCGGCGGAGAACUUCUCCAUGGAUCCUCAGCUGGAGAGGAAGGUGGAGACCAUCAGGAACCUGGUGGACUCCUACAUGGCCAUCGUCAACAAAUGCAUCCGUGACCUCAUGCCCAAGAGCAUCAUGCAUCUGAUGAUCAAUAACGUGAAAGACUUCAUUAAUGCGGAGCUCCUGGCGCAGCUGUACUCUGCUGGAGAUCAGAACGCGUUGAUGGACGAGUCUCAGGAGCAGGUGCAGCGGAGAGAGGAGGUUCUGCGCACACACCACGCUCUGAAAGAAGCUCUGGCCAUCAUCGGAGACAUCUCCACCACCACCAUCACCACACCGCUGCCUCCGCCGGUCGAUAACUCCUGGCUGAGCGCCGGUGCGGGUGGCUCUCGCAGGUCUCCUCCUCCGAGCCCCACGGCUCCACGCCGGAUGUCUGCGGGACAGAGACCCGCUGGUAGAGGUGCUCCUCCGCCUCCGUCUCGGCCCGGACCGCUAGGGCCCUUGAAUACCAGCGCUGACAGCCCACAGGUUCCCAGCCGGCCCAACCGAGCGCCUCCCAGCAUUCCCAGCCGUCGUCCUCCACCUUCCCCGACCAGACAGGUUCCCCCUUAAGAGGCCGUUUCCAUUUCUGCUGGAAGCUGUUUUUCCAGAGCCGUUCUCAGCGUCUGUCCCAUACCGAAGCUCUGAAUCCCUGCAUGUCCCCGUGAUGCUUCCCUUCACGUGUGUGUCGUCUGUCAGUGCCUGUGGUUCAGUCUGGUUCAGAGUCUUAUCGAGUCUAUCCUCUACUAGUCUUCAUCUAACCCGUGGUGAAUCGUUCGUGGCAGUGCUGUGCUUCCCUUCUUUAAAGUGUGCAGCACAGCAGUGAUGUUUCUAGUGAUGCAUGCUGGUUUAUUUUAGGCUGUUAAUAUGUGUGUCCACUUACUUGUGUCACAUUAUACCUUAGUGUGUGAGCGAUAUAUCUUAGUGCAAGCUGGGAAGUGUGUGUGUGUGUGUGUGUGUGUGGCUAAAUUAUAAGAUAAACGUGUAAAAUAGUUUAAGGUUAUGUAAUAUUUGUGUUUUGAGAUUUAAAUUAUUAAUGUUUUUAUUUCUUAAUGUUGUUUGUCAUUAAAAAUGCUCAGAGAGCUUUAUUUCUCUUAGUAGUGGACAUCCGUUUUGCUGUCACAUCUGUAGUCGUCUUUGUCUGGAACACUUAUAUAAGCACCAGAAUAUAACAUGUAUUCAUCUUCUGGAAUAGCGCCACCUGCUUGCCAUACUAGCGAUGACCCUGGAACUACAGUAUACACCUGUUCUGCUGUGUAGAAAAUCAACUCUAUGUACUGUAUGUGUUUCAGAUAAAUACAACUCAUUAUCCAGAACAUCAUCCCAUUACUUUGCAAUAAAUCUAACUGUAGUUUUGUGUCGUCUCUCUCGGUCUGUUCAUUGGAUUAGUGUUAUUUAAGCAUUGAUGAUGUUAAUUUGCUACUGUACUCGUGUUAAUUAAUUACAAGACAAACUCUUCAUUUGAAAAUAAUAUUAUAGCAUUCUUAAAAAGGACUAAAUAAGGAAUGUAAGACAAUUAUGCAGGGACUCUUGGAAAACACUGAUGUAUUUUUAUGUUCAUUAUUACAAACAUGAAUAUAUGGAUGUUUGUGAAUCAGAAGCUGUUCAAAUGGAUGUAAUGGUGUGUCAUGCAAAAUAAUAGUCAGAUAAUAUUAAACCGCUCUAACGAAGGGAUGAAAUGAAGCAGACAGGAGCUAGAGAGCAGGGCCAGAGACUGAAUGACUGCAGCAUCUGAGUGAAUGAGUGAAGACUGCGAGUGAAGCUGAGCAUGUUGUACUGAGAUCGGUGCUAAACCACUGAGAUCAGCUUAGAAACCUGCAGCUAGAGCAUCAUGAUGGAACAUUCUCCAGAAACAUCUCUCUCUGACUUCUGUUCAUCAGACUGCGCUGUUUGAACUCUUUAUGUUCGUUUCUCAGACUAUAGCUAUGCACAAAUGAAGUAUUUUAGAAACUUCUCCUUUGUCAGAGCUGAUGAGACUGGCAUUUGUUUAAGAGCAGAUCUGAGGUUUAUACAGCAAUUACACAUUAUAAUAAUACAUUCAUAUGAUGUUGUUGAAAAUGAAUGCUGAAAAUGUGCUUUAGCUGUUCAUUUACUCUUCAGAAAUGUGUUCUCAGAAACUCUUCCAGCAGACCGUGGCGUAGUUUUCAUUGUGGGACGAGUCUAGAUUGAAAGUUUCACUGCAGGAAGAUAACAGGAGCGUUUCACUCUUUCUGUGUUUCAUUAUGGCUUGAUGUACUGUACCUCUAUAUGUAUAAAAUAAAACUGAUUAUGGAAAAUAAAAGCAAAUGAGAAUCCA